GAAGAGAUGAUGGGAUCACAAGCCUCAUUAGCAGCUCCCUCCACCUACCACCAUGGGAGAUAUAGCUUAGCUACCACGAGCGCCACCCAACCUUGAAUUUGCUCUUAUAAAUCCAUUAAAUUCCUCACGCUCCUCUUAGUCCCAAUUCCCUCUGCAACCCAGAAUUUGCCCUGAGCUUUCCAUUUCUUCAUCCUCCAUCACAAAACCUUCAUAUCACAUCAUAUCAUAUAUACUUGAAACAAAGGACCAUGGGUUCUGAGAUGGUUAUGGUGGAUGGAAUUCCUUUCCCUCCUCAGAUCGCAACCGCAAAGCCUCUGACUCUGUUUGGUCAUGGAAUUACCGACAUCGAGAUCCACUUCCUGCAGAUCAAGUUCACAGCUAUCGGGGUAUACUUGGAACCCGAGGUCGUGGGACAUCUGCAGCAAUGGAAGGGCAAGCCCGGGAAUGCCUUGGCUGAAGACGAUGAUUUCUUUGAGGCCCUUAUUUCUGCGCCGGUGGAGAAAUUCGUGAGGGUUGUGGUGAUCAAGGAAAUCAAGGGAUCCCAGUAUGGAGUGCAGCUCGAGAGUGCUGUAAGAGAUCGGCUCGCUGCAGACGACAAAUACGAAGACGAGGAAGAAGCGGCCUUAGAGAAAGUGGUGGAGUUCUUCCAGUCGAAGUACUUCAAGAAAGAUUCAGUCGUCACUUACCAUUUCCCAGCAGCUUCACCUACUGUCGAGAUUGCAUUCACGACCGAGGGGAAAGAGGAAUCGAAGAUCACGGUGGAGUGCGCAAACGUGGUUGAGAUGAUCAAGAAAUGGUACCUGGGCGGGACCCGAGGAGUGUCUCCCUCGACGAUCUCCUGCCUCGCGAACAAUCUCUCCACGGAGCUAUCAAAAUGAGCAAAUAUUCCUGUCUAAAAGUUGUGUUUAUGCAACAUGAUGUUCUGUUUACUGAGGAAAAGGUGUCCUUAAGAGCUUGUGCUCAAUGGGAAUAAAGAUAAGAGCUUUUGAUAAAUGGAGUGUAAUACGAUGGCACGCGCUCUUGCUGUAACCUAGAAAUUACAAGUCCGAUUCUUACGUGUGGGACUACCUGAACCCAUUUAAUUAGCUUUUCAGUUUCCUAUACUAUCGACGGACCUCCUUCGAGUAAUUGGAGAUAAGAGCUUUUACUUA